CUGCGCUGAGGACUGGCCGUGGGGGGCGGGAAGCGCUACGGGGCAGUAGAGCCCAUGUCGGCCUUGAGGCGCUCGGGCUACGGCCCCAGUGACGGUCCUUCGUAUGGCCGCUUCUACGGGCCGGGAGGUGGAGAUGUGCCCAUGCACCCACCUCCGCCCUUGUAUCCUCCUCGCCCCGAACCUCCCCAGCCUCCCAUUUCCUGGCGGGUGCGCGGGGGCGGCCCUGCUGAGACCACCUGGCCGGGAGAAGGCGCAGGAGGCGAUGGCUACUAUGCCUCUGCGGGCGCCUGGUCAGAAACGGGUCGAGCUGGAGGAAACCACCAGGACCAACCACCGUAUUCUAACUACAAUUCUAAUUAUUGGAAUUCUCCUGCACGACCUAGGGCUCCAUACCCAAGUACAUAUCCUGUAAGACCGGAAAUGCAAGGCCAGAGUUUGAAUUCUUAUACAAACGGAGUAUAUGGCUCACCAUACCCCCCCGGUCCUGCACCAAAUACUGCCUCAUACUCUGGGGCUUAUUACACACCGGCAUAUACUCAGACCAGUUACUCCCCGGAGGUUCCAAGCACUUACCGUUCACCUGGCAACAGCCCGGCACCAGUCUCUCGUUGGCUCUAUCCUCAGCAGGACUGCCAGACUGAAGCAGCCCCUCUCAGGGGGCAGGUUCCAGGAUAUCCUGCUUCACAGAACCCUGGAAUGACCCUGCCUCAUUAUCCUUAUGGGGAUGGUAAUCGUAGUGUUGCACAACCAGGACCAACUGUACGGCCACAGGAGGACUCAUGGGCUUCUCCUGGUGCUUAUGGAAUGGGAACCCGUUACCCCUGGCCUUCAGCUGCUCCCUCAGCACCACCUGGGAAUCUCUAUAUGAGUGAGAGUCCUUCACCAUGGCCUAGCAACAGCUCUCCGCAGUCACCUCCUUCACCAUCACCCCAUCAGCCCAAGGAUUCCUCAUACCCCUAUAGCCAAUCAGAUCAAGGCAUGAACCGGCACAACUUUCCUUGCAAUGUCCAUCAGUAUGAGUCCUCGGGAACAAUGAACAAUGAUAAUUCAGAUCUUUUGGAUUCCCAAGUCCAGUAUAGUGCUGAGCCUCAGCGGUAUGGUAAUGCCGUCAGUGAACACCCCGGCAAUCAAGAUGAAAGUGAUAAUCUUCCUGAAGAGUGUUUAUCUUCAGAUGAAGGUACUCCGCCAAGUAUUAAAAAAAUUAUACAUGUGCUGGAGAAGGUCCAAUAUCUUGAGCAAGAAGUAGAAGAGUUCGUAGGGAAAAAGACAGACAAAGCAUACUGGCUUCUGGAAGAAAUGCUAACCAAGGAACUUUUGGAACUGGAUUCAGUUGAAACUGGUGGCCAGGACUCUGUCCGGCAGGCCAGGAAAGAGGCUGUUUGUAAAAUCCAGGCCAUACUGGAAAAACUGGAAAAAAAAGGAUUAUGAAGGAUUUAGAACAAAGGGGAAGCCUGUUACUAACUUGACCAAAGAACUCUUGAUUUUGGUUAAAACCCUCUUUUUGAGAUGAUUGUUGGUGACAAGAAGCAAUACAUUCCAACUUUCCUUUGAUUAAAACUUGAAAAACUGGUAAAGGACUUGAAAGAACAUUUUAGUUAUGAGUUGUUUUCAGUUUUCAGACCAAUGAAUGUAAUAGGAAACUGUGGAGUUACCAUUAUUGCCAAGUAGACUCACUCCUUAAGAAAUUUGUGGAUAUCUACAAGCUGCUUCUUAUCAGCAGGAGGGAAACAUGCUUUAUGUAACAGGCUUAUCAAAAAUCUACCAGAUGAGACUGGAUAUAAUCUGAGGCCAACAGGCUCUGUUUUUUUUUUAACCACCUGGAUUACUUGUCACAUUUUUGUACAUUGUGACUGCUUUCAGCAUACACUUCAUGUGUAAAUUACAGCUUGGGACUUUAGCCUUCUUGGACUUCUGUUUUGUUUUGUUAUUUGCAGUUCACAAAUAUAGUAUUAUUCUCUACUUCUUGGUACGUUUUGUAGUAAUAUGUUUAAUUAUUCAAGAGACUAUAUUGACAGCCAGAUAGUAUGGCAGUUCUGAAUGAAUUUUUAUCUUUUCACCACUUGAACAUAUUGCUGUGUGUAGUGAGUUCUUGAGGUAAAUUGUUUCCUUUUUUGUAUAGAUCGUUAAGGUGGAGUUUUUACCACUUCUACUUUUCAUGUUAAUAGUGGAAGGCGAAUUGGGAGAUGGCAAGGGCAAAGGAAUGAAAUGCUUAUGGCCAUUUUCUUUUUUGCUUUUUUAUUGUUUUUGGAUAAAGAUCCACCUUUAUCUCGAGAUUUCCUUCCCCCACCCCUUAAUUAUCUUUUCACUGCUGCUGCUUCCAUGUAAAGCAUUACGAUAGAUACAGAUGAAAAAUUAAAGCCACAGUG